UAAACUCCAAGAAGUACAGGGUUCCAAGGAUCCGUCGAAGUCUAAACAAAAAUUCCUAUGACAUUUUUAGGUCUAUGGUUUUGUAAGCGUGUUCCGCGAAGGAUGUACUUGUCGGUAUUAUAGAUCUUUGACAGCAUGGGACCAAUGGGAUAUCUAAUAUAUCGUACUGCUACACCGAUAACUCAUCUGUAUCCGUACAUGGAUUCAUGGAUCAAGGGGACAUAUAUGGGAGUCUAGUAGUAUUCCCCUAAAAGCGGCAAACUUGGCGUCACCUGUACCAAUUGUAAAAACCAGUGUUUGAUUAUUUUAUUGCAAACAUGAUGUCUGACAAGUGAAAGCCAGAUUCCUUUAAAUUUGUGUAUUUACACAGCACAUUUGUAACGAGUCACGCUUUUUAAUUGCAGCUACCAUGGACGAUCAUGCAGCUGCACUGCAGAAUUUGGAGCACCUCAUGACUGAAUUUUUCUCGCCGGAGACAACCAAUGAACGAAAACGUACAAUUGAAAGGAAUUUCCAAGAAUUCAAAGAUCAGAUUGACUCUUGGCGACCUUGUUUACAUUUUUUAUCCUCCACUAGUAAUCAUUAUGUCAGUAUGUUCGCCCUGUCUACCCUGGAGACAACGAUCGGGAGGCGAUGGCCGAUUCUUCCAUGGGAAGACAGAGCUCUUACGAGAUCUACUUUGUACACCCUGUCAAUAGAAAGAGGUAUAGCCCCUUUUGUAAGGAAUAAAGUAGUUAAGCUAGUUGUAGAUAUCGCGAGACACGACUGGCCGCAUUUUUAUCCAGAUUUUUACUCGAAUAUCUUACAGUUAGUAAGGUACAAACGUACAAGACUGUUGGGACUUGUCUACUUGAGAACAGUGUCGGAGGAACUAGCGACUCCAAGAGAAGACUUGCCCAUGCAAAGAAAAAACGAAUUAAUUAGGUUUCUUUGCGCCGAAGUGCCUUUGACUUUGAAUACCCUGACUUCAGUACUUUUAAAAGAAACAACAAAGUUACAAAGUCGCUCUGGAACAGUUACACCACCUCCCUCGCCUACCAGUGGUCAGACGGUAGCACCAGUAAGAGCUAUUUUGGACGUGGAAAGACUGUCCACGGGAACCAGUGAUGUCUGCAUAGUUAUAUUAGACGUAUUAGCGCAUAUGUUCAGUUGGAUCGAAUUGUCAGAACAUAUCUCAACAGACUUAUUGAACGCCAUUUUUACCUGUGCCAGGUAUCACGAAGCAAUGAAUGGUAAACAGAUAGAAUUAGCUGUACAGGCUGUGACCGCGAUAAAUGAACUUUUGUAUCGACCACUGUAUUCUCCAAACGUAACUGACAGAUUGUUAGUAGAAAUAUUCCAAAAUGGAGUCGGUUUAUUUCAGUAUAUGGAACGUUUAGAUUCUACAGAUGAAAGUUACAUGGAGAAACUUACAGAGUUCUUACAACUAUUUGUAACGAAUCAUCUGAAAAGGGUGGAAUCGUGUCCCAAAUUUCCAGUGAAUACAUUGUUAGACGUUUUAUGUCAUCACACAUUCCAACAGUGUUCAACGGUAAAUGGAUAUUUAAGAUGUUUAGAUGUUUGGACCACUCUUUUAGAAAGUACUCAAUCUCGAUACUCGCCAGUAGCAUUAGCUCUUGCUGAGCGAGUUUUACAAAAGAUGAGUUUUAAACUUAACACACGUGCGUUGAAAGAUCUUGACACUGAAGGUUUAGAUGAAAAUGAGGAAACCGAGUGGCAACAUUUUUUAAGAUGCAAUGUAGAGUGUUUAGCGAAAGUCGCAGAGAUCUGUCCAAUUCCAGUAUUCACGCUAUUGUACCGUUCAUGGAGAGAAGGACUAAUAAUAUUUGGAGAAUUAGGUGCUGCCAUAGCUAACAAUCAAGUCAUAUUGUUAAAUGAUUCAGAGGCUGCUAACGUACAUGCUCAUCUACGUGACUUAGCUUCCACUACUCAAGCAAUUGCCAGAUUAUAUUCACUUUUUCUUGGAGAUGAACAUAGUAUCGAUCAAUCAUUAGCUGAAGAAGUAGUAUCCCAAACGUUGGACGCAUGCAAAUUUGCCAAAGCCAACCAGUUAUACAAAGCAUCAUUGCAACCAGCUAUAAUUGUAAUAGAUCUCAUAGAAGUCCAUUCUCAGUUACUGGCAUCUCUUCAAGCUUGGUGCCAUUGGAUAGUGAACAGGCCAGAAAAGACUAAGGAGUCGCUUUGUCAACGUUGCAUUGAUUCCUGCAUUUUAGCAUUAGAUUAUACAACUUUCUGUGACAAUCCCCCACCGGCGAGUCUUACUCAUUCUGCCACACAUCUUUUCCAAAGUAUCACUGCUAUUUUGAAGCCAGUUUUGUGGGACGAACCUACAUUUAGAAACUUAAUUACCAUGGUGACGUAUCCAUUCUUGAAACCUGAUACGAUAAAAGUGUUACGAAGAGCAUUGGUGAAUGCAAUUGUUUUACCACACGGUGAUGGAAGUAUCAGAGAAAGACUAUUAAGCACUAUGGUGUCAACAUUAUCCACGCCUUUGGGCUCAGAAGGGCAACCGGUACCUUCAGAAUCUGCAAUUGCAAUAACGGUAGUGCCAUUAACUCAGUUAAUAGAAGACUGUUCUUCGUCGUCCACGACGAUUAAAAAAAUGUUACAUUCUUGUUUGGGAUCAACGAUCAACCGAACACUAGAACUGUUGCCAUACAUGAUAAGGUGUCAAAGUAUAUGCGAGAUUUUACUUAGUUUCAUACAUUCAGUAUUUUCAGUAUUACAGCAACAAUUGGGUCCUGAGUUUACUCAAAACGCAGUUCAGGGGAUGCUACAUAUUUAUACUAGGGAAAAUAUAUCUGCGGGACCUGCAUUGGACCAAUUAUUAGAGAUUUUAAUAUUGGUCGUAUCAGCACCUAGCAGUGCAUUUAAAGCAUUUGUUCCUUCGGUGACUAGUUUGUGUUUGGGUCAAGUGUGGCCAGCAGUUGGAACUGAUCUCAGCGCGCAUCCAGAUACCACACUUGUUCUAUUAAAAUUGUUCCAUAGCAUUUUAAUGCAUCGAUGGCAAUAUUUCUAUAAUACUUCUGUAUUACGAACUCUUGGGCACACCGAUGAAGAAGAAUCCGUUGAGCACAAGGAAGAGUUAGUCGCCAUUUUGGAAGCUUUCGGUCAAGCCCUUCUGCAACCGGAUGUCAACAUAUUCCGACAAAGUUUACAAAGCCUUGAGCAGUUGAACGUGCGAUGGCGACUUUAUCAGAGAGCUAUAUUCAAAGUUCACCUACUGGAAAGGUUCAUAAUGGCACUGUUCACGGUACUCUUCCAACAAUCCCACAAUUUGUUGGCGGAUGAAAUUGCCACAGCUAUUCAUAGCUUAGCCUCUGUUAAUAUAGCAUGGUUCUUCGGACAAUUUCUGCCAACAUUUUUGGCAGGUUGUGACAGAGUAGACGACAUGCAGAAAGCCAGGUUAUUAAGGAAUUUUGAUAAAUCAACGGAUCAGCCAACAUUGACAAGGUCAGUGCUCCAAUUGAUUUCUGAUCUAAGGUGCUACCAGCUUUGUCGACCCGGUUGAAGCAUUUACAUUCCAACGAGACAAUGGACAUUGAUAUCAGUUAAUGUGGUUUUAACCUAUUGUACAGUUUAAAUCUAACAGCAUUUUCAAUAAAUAAGAAUAAGAUGUUAAGAUUAUUGUUUCGGAAUAAAUCGCGUUUUUAUAUUUCUGUUGCCAUUCGUGUACUUCCUAUACCAAUAUGUUAGGAAGAAUUUCUUUGGAGUACCAUUUCUAUGUAGAUAUUAAGUAU